CCCAUCGCUUCCUCUCGCCACGUCCCCUGCCGAGGAGGCUCGCUCCACGCGCCAACAUGGCGGGCGGGCGCUGGGGCCCGCUGCUGACGGCGCUCCUGGCCGCCCGGGUCGCGGUGGCGGAGGAGGCCGGCCCCGCGCAGGCCGCGCUGCCGGAGGAGCGGAGCUGGGUGCGGCCCAUGACCGCCUCCAACUGGACGCUGGUGAUGGAGGGCGAGUGGAUGCUGAAAUUUUAUGCCCCUUGGUGUCCGUCCUGCCAGCAGACUGACUCAGAAUGGGAGACAUUUGCAAGGAACGGUGAAACACUUCAAAUCAGUGUGGGCAAAGUGGACGUCAUUCAAGAGCCAGGUUUAAGUGGCCGCUUCUUUGUCACUACUCUCCCAGCAUUUUUUCAUGCAAAGGAUGGAAUAUUUCGCCGUUACCGUGGCCCAGGAAUCUAUGAAGACCUGCAGAAUUAUAUCUUAGAGAAGAAAUGGCAAUCAGUUGAGCCUCUGACUGGUUGGAAAUCCCCGGCUUCUCUGACGAUGUCUGGAAUGGCUGGUCUAUUUAGCAUCUCUGGCAAGAUAUGGCAUCUUCACAACUAUUUCACAGUGACCCUUGGAAUUCCUGCUUGGUGUUCUUAUGUCUUUUUCAUCAUGGCCACCUUGAUUUUUGGCCUUCUCAUGGGUCUGGUCUUGGUGAUAAUAUCAGAAUGUUUCUAUGUACCACUUCCAAGGCAUUUAUCUGAGCGCACUGAGCAGACUCGGAGGUCAGAGGAGGCUCACAAAGCUGAACAGUUGCAGGAUGCAGAGGAGGAAAAAGAUGAUUCAAAUGAGGAAGAAAACAAGGACAGCCUUGUAGAUGAUGAAGAAGAGAAAGAAGACCUUGGUGAUGAGGACGAAGCGGAGGAGGACGAGGAGGAGGACAGUGCUGCCGCUCGCGUGGAUGAGGAGAGGAACGAUGCCCAGGACCAGGGGCCCCUGAGAGAGGUCCAGGAGGAUGGAGAACCUGAGCCUGAAGAAGACACGCCUGUGCAGCCCAGCCCAGCCGACACAGAGGUGGUGGAAGACACACUGAGGCAGCGCAAAAGUCAGCAUGCCGAUAAGGGCCCAUAGGUCUAGUGACGGUGUUUCCAAGAAUUCAGACCAAAGGACUGUGUCAGCUUCCCUCUGGUCUGCAGUGUAAAUCAAAUCCAUACUUUUUCCUGAAUGAGCAAGCUUCUCUUAAAAAAUGAUCUCUAGUCAUGUAGUCUUAUGGCAUUAAGCCUCAUGUAUAUUAAUGAGAGUCUUUCAGGCAUGACAAUCAGGAAACAGAAAGACAAACACGGUGUUAGAUCUGUUUGAGCACUUAGUAUGGGCACAAAUUCAUUUGCUUGGGGCUAGAGAGUUUUGACCUGAGAAAGCACCCCGCAGGCGCCAUAAAAUGAAAGCAAAGCAACAUGAGCCUCCUCAUAAGCAGCAGACGUCUUGUGGAAGUCUUUUGUGUGAAGUAUUCAUUUUUGUCAAAUGUAAGAAACAUCAGCCACCGCGGUGGAGA